UUAAGGUUUACCAACUUACUUUGUCUCCCGGAUUCAGAUUGAUUCUACUUCAGACCCUUGUUCUGAAUGUUGUGAUGGCUCCGCGCGGUCGCCAGAUCCAUCUUAGGUCGAAGCACGCCUCGGACGAAAAAUAAACGUCACAUAUGAUUUUUCUAGGGUUACUUUGCUCUUAUUUUCGAUAUCCCUCGCUUCACAGGUCUAUUUCGGAUUGCACUACUCUUGUAUUUCCCGCCCCCUCCGAGUUCUCGAUCACUUUCUAGGAAAAUUAAUGGCCUGGCCCGUUACCAGAGGUGGUAGUAACUACUCUCUGUUCCACCGGGUUUGAAAAAAAGGCUCUCAUUACACACUUCAACAAAUUCUAACCCUGAUGGCUUUUCAGAGGCCCAAAUUAGGACAUCCUCUGCACAUUUAAGCCCUUGUCUCUGCGCGAACAAAGACAUUCUUCGACUUGCUUGUGUACUCCCAGCUUCCUGCUCUGCGUUUAUCAUGGUUGCCGUCGCUACUGAAUUACGCCCCUUCCCGUGCCCGAAGUGCAACUUAUCUUUCACUAAGCACCAUGACUUGAAACGUCAUAGAGUGCUGCACUUGUCGAAGGAGGCGCGAGAGGCUGCUAAAUAUCCUUGCAAAUUCGCUGACUGCAAGCAUAAGACUCUACAGCUGUCGAACCUGAAGAUCCAUAUGAAUAAAGUCCAUUAUAAUAAGAAAAAUAAAAAGUGUCCCGAUCCUGCCUGCAACUACCGAACGGCAGACUCCUCGGAACUUACGCGACACAGGAUAGACAUCCACAAGUACGUUCCGCCGUACCGUCUCCCACGACAAAAGCCUGUCCCUCGCGACGAUAGCAUGUUCGACGACGACUCCACCCACGAGGACAAGGACAAGGACGCAAAAGACGACGUCGACAUGGAAUCGGCGGAUUUAGCUCACCAGCCUCCUUCCAUGACUUCAAGUAGUAGCGCCGGCUCCAGCAUGGCGCUUGACACUCCGCCACCCAGUCACCACAACGCCAACGUUGAUUUCGACAUCGACGUGCCCGUCACCGUCUUUCCUCUCCCCCCACCGUCUCCCGUCUCCAUGGGUAGCCGUCACUCGAUGUCCUACACACCUCCACCCCACAUCAUCGCAUCAUCGGCUCCUGUCUGCUUCUCGUCCCCUCCACGAAAAUUCGACUCGGACAUGCCUUCACCCGCUCGUUCCAGCCCCUGUCGAUCAAUGAUCUACACUCCUUCGGCCAUGGAUGCGGUUCAAGCAGACGAUAUCUAUCUCCCAUUACCCCCACGCAGCCCCAGUCUUCGUCCUUCUAUGACUAGUACUCUGCGGCUCGGUCUUCCCGCAGAGCUGUUCAUUACUGGCCCAAGUGACUGUCAGCUCCGUCCAAUUAUGUGCGAUGAUGAGUUAGAUCCCACUCCGAGAUCUCGAGGAUGCAUAAUCUGGUAAAGAUGUCGGUGUUUGUAACUGACGAUUGCGGACUUUCUUUCUCUUUUUUUCUUGUCUCCCUCAAAUACACGGUCUUUUUUUGCUAUAUCUUGUACGCUCUUUACCCACUGCGAUGUUUUCUUGGUACAAUUGCUCUCGAAUUACAGAUCACUGUUUUCUAGUCAUGCUAUUACUUACCUUGUCCUUGUGUAUCUAUUUAUCUAUCCGCUGUUAUGUCUGGAACAAUACAUGCG